CAGGUUGUUUGUCUCACCUGUCCUGAACAGUGACACAGUGAACGUCAGUGCGCGAGAGCAACUCCGCAAACAGAAUGUCUUCGAGGCCGCACGAGAGUCCUCCGCCCUAUGAUUAUCAUACAGAGGAUGGAUAUAAUGUUGCCCCGCAGCCUGCGUAUUCGUACUAUCCUGACGAUGAGUUCCAGCAUUUCUACCGCUGGACGUCUCCGCCGGGCAUCAUAAAGAUCAUGUGUGUCAUGUCGGUCAUCUUCUGCGUGGGCAUCUUCGUGUGCGUGGCCUCGACUCUGGCCUGGGACACGGAUGCAGGAGCGGCUGGAUUCGGUGGUUACGGAGGCUCAUAUGGAGGUUCUUACGGAGGUUCAUACGGUGGCUCAUACGGUGGCUACGGGGGAACCGGCUACGGGGGAACCGGCUACGGAAUGGGUGGAUAUGGAGGCUAUGGUUACGGGAUCCUCGGCUCUCAGAACGACCCCAGGCAGGGCAAGGGCUUCAUGAUCGCCAUGGCCAUCAUCACCUUCAUCGUCCUGCUCGUCAUCUUCAUCAUGAUCAUCUCGCACCAGAAAGUGGCUCAGGGAAGGAAGUUCUACCUGGCCAUCAUCAUCAUCAGCGCCAUCAUGGCUUUCCUCAUGUUAGUUGCCACCAUAGUCUAUCUGGUGACGGUUUACCCAAUGGCCCAAUCGUCCGGAUCGGUUCAGUUCAAUCAGGUUUACGCCAUGUGCGCCGCUUACCAGCAGCCUCAGAUGACGGGUGGGUUCGUGAACCAGUAUCUGUAUCACUACUGCGUGGUGGAUCCUCAGGAGGCAAUCGCUCUUGUUUUGGGCUUCAUUGUCACCGCGGCCCUCAUCAUCAUCAUGGUUUUUGCCAUUAAAACCCGUCAAAGGAUCAAUAAUCAUGGGAAGGACAACAUCCUGUGGCGCCGCGUGAAAGAAAUGAAUGAUCAAAACUCGCCGCAGGAUGUAGAGGAUUGGGUGAAUAAUGUGAACGGAGCGCCUGAGCCGCUGCUGGCGGACUAUCCCAUGAAGUUUGGAGGGUCUAGAAAUGAUCUAGAUGACAACAGCACAAACUAUGACAAACCUCCCCACAGUGAGAGUCCUGUGGAGAUUGAGCACGAGGUGCCGGUCCGUAGUUCAGUCCCACUGAGCAGUGGAUCAGAGAUGAACAGCUCUGCAGGACGGCCCAAGAAACGGCGCGCUGGACGCCCACGAACCGCCGACAGACAGGAUCACGACACGGACUACGCCUCCUCUGGAGAUGAGCUGGACGACGAUGACUUCUCCAGUGAAUUCCCUCCCAUUAUUAAUAAUGAAGAGAGAGAUGAUUACAAACGCCUGUUUGACAAAGACCAUCAGGAGUACAAGGAGCUCCAGGCAGAAAUGGACCAGAUCAACAAGCGUCUGGCUGAAGUGGACCGGGAGCUUGAUGAUCUUCAGGAGGGCAGUCCUCAGUUCCUGGACGCCAUGGACGAGUACAACGCGCUGAAAGACAAAAAGAGGAGCGGCGAAUACCAGGUGAAGAAGAAGCGCUGCAAGCACCUGAAGGCCAAACUAAGCCACAUCAAAAGAAUGGUCAGCGAUUACGACCGGAGGUCCUGAAGAUCCUUUCCAUCACAUUAGAGAAGAGCGAGCUACUGGACAGUGUUGUGAGAGUACAGAUGUCCAGAUGUGUGGGUCAUUGCCAUUCGUGAGCUGGGUUGUGUUGCUUUCUGGACAUUUGAUUGAUAAUGCAUGUAAAUAUUCAAGGCAUUCUGAUUCGUAUUGCACAAUGCAAUAUUUUCCCAGAAUCCUUCAUGAACCAGUUUUAAAAUCAGGUUUAACUAAUGUCAAAAUCCUCAUUUCUGUAGUUUUUUUGUUGCAAAUCUCUAUUUAGCUGUUACAGAUUUAACAUGAACUUGUUGGUGUUUCAGUACAGCGUGUUUGUUUUAUAAAGUUUUUUAUAUAUAUAUAUAUAUAUAUUAGUUAUUCAGAGAUUUCUUAGUGGGUAAAAUACUGUGCC